UAAUAAUAAUUUUUAAUACAUUUUAUUAAGGGACCUAACACAUAAAUAUUUAUUUUUAACGUUUUUCAUAUACUUUAAGGAGAGAGCUUAAUUUUUAAUAUAUUUUAUUAAGGGGCCUAACACAUAAAUAUUUAUUUUUAACGUUUAGUUUUUCAUAUGACCUAACACAAAGCUUAAUUUUGAAUAUAUUUUAUUAAGGGACCUAACACAUAAAUAUUUAUUUUUAACGUUUAGUUUUUCAAUUACUUUAAGGAGAGAGCUUAAUUUUAAUAUAUUUUAUUAAGGGGCCUAACACAUAAAUAUUUUUUAACGUUUUCAUAUACUUUAAGGAGAGAGCUUAAUUUUAAUGUAUUUUAUUAAGGGACCUAUCACAUAAAUAUUUAUUUUUAACGUUUUCAUAUACUUUAAGGAGAGAGCUUAAUUUUAAUGUAUUUUAUUAAGGGACCUAACACAUAAAAGUUUAUUUUUUAACGUUUAGUUUUUCAUAUGACCUAACACAAAGCUUAAUUUUAAUGUAUUUUAUUAAGGGACCUAACACAUAAAUAUUUAUUUUUAACGUUUUCAUAUACUUUAAGGAGAGAGCUUAAUUUUAAUGUAUUUUAUUAAGGGACCUAACACAUAAAAGUUUAUUUUUUAACGUUUAGUUUUUCAUAUGACCUAACACAAAGCUUAAUUUUAAUGUAUUUUAUUAAGGGACCUAACAUAUAAAAGUUUAUUUUUAACGUUUUCAUAUACUUUAAGGAGAGAGCUUAAUUUUAAGGGUCUAAGUUUUAUUUUUAAUGAUUUUACCUAACCAUAAAAAUAUUUAGACCUCUAACACAUAAAAGUUUUAACGUACAGUUUUAAUUUUAUUUUUUCUUUUCAGACUUUUCUUUCUGCCUCGACUUCGCGCGAGACAUCACCUGGGAUUAUUACCCCGGCGAGGAUUUCGCUUACAUUUUGUCGCCUCAACCGGCUCCAGGGCCCUGUCCCCCGCAGCCCCUGGAGCAACUCUGGGCCGACCAGGUGGGGGAGGUAUUUAUGACCAUAUGGGCGGACACCACAGAUAAGGUGGUGUAUGUGUAUUACACCACCGCCCAAGAAGAAAAUAUAGACGUAUAGUAAAAAAAUAAUUUGAAUAAAGAGAUAUAAAAAUAUUGAGAUGUUUUCUUUUACAUAACCCACCUAUAAUUUUUAUUUCAGAAAAAAAAUACAAAGUUUUAAAAAUACCGUUUAUUUAAAAGCCUAGCAGUGAGAGUUACAAUAUUUAUUUCUAAGAGGCAAACAAUAUAAAAUAUGAAUAUAAAACAAAAAAUUUAAAAAAAAAAUAAUAUUUAUAUAUAUAUACGCCGAGAGAGAACAAAAUUUUAUCAUGUUGCUAGGAUAAUAAUACAAAAUUAAAGCCAAGUACAAAAAAUUUAAAAGUAGAGGGAGAUGGCCGAUUCUGCAUCAGGAGCAGGAGCAGGACCAAGGAGCCGGAAGUGACGUCAUCAGCUAAGAACAUGUAAAAUAGGCUAAUAAACAAGAAUAAACAGGUUUAAACAACAAACAACAGCUUUUGAACUGCUUUUAACGGCUUUUUAGCUUAAAACAACAGACCUGUUCAUUUUUUGUUCAAACCCGUUUAUUUCUGUUUUAAAGCGAUUCAAAGCGGUUCAAACCUGUUUAUUCUUGUUUAUUAGCCUAUUUUAACUGUUCCUAGCUGAUGACGUCAUUUCCGGCUUCUUGCUCCUGCUCCUGAUGCAGAAUCGGCCAUCUCCCUCUACUAACGUCUACCUCCGGAACUACCGCGCGCCACCUAUCGGGUAGGUCAAUAAUGAAGGUAACUGUAAUUUAGGACGCAUGACGUCAUCCACCUGACGUCAUACAGAUAUUUUAAUUUAUUUUUAAUAAAAAAGUUCGGUGUAGGGUUUGAACCACGGACCUGCCGAUCACCAAUCUAACGCCUUAACCAACAUGACCACAAACGUAUUUAAAAUUAAUUGUAGGUAUGUCUAUAUGAGGGCCCCAAACUAAAGCUGUCUCAAAGGUAUAGAUCACCUAAUGAACGACGUUCGUACUUGUGUACGAAUAUACCGUCAAAUACCAUAUACGAGCGCCAUUCACCAUAUGCCAUAUACCUAGCCCUGCGCCCCCGGGGACCCCCAUUAAAAAUUUAUUAGCACCAUUGAUUUAUCAAAAAUAAAAGCAGAAUAUUUACUUACCACAAAAUAGCUAUAGGGGCGUAGCACCAGCAGCAGCAGCAGCAGCACCAGCAGCACCACCAGCAGCCCCAGCAGCCCCAGCAGCGCAAGGUAAGUACCUAAACUAUCUCUAGGAUGUGGGAGCAGCGGCAUACGUGUUGUCGCGACGACCACCGCUUAAAGACUGAUACAAAAAUAAAUGUAGCCCUUAUUUAAAAGUUUUUAUAAUAACAUUGUUGUUGAAGGUUGAAACCAUUACCAAAAGCAAACGUCAAAAAAAAAUCAACGAGCCCUUAUUUCUAAGUAAACACGUAUCAGAGACCCUUUGUAAUGCAAAAACGUUAAUAUAUAUCAUUGAUUUAAUAAUUUAUCAAAAUUAACUAAUAAGUACUGUUAAAAGCAUAGAGUAAUUAAAGUUGUAGUGCGACCUGGUUACCCAACAAUUGUUUGUUUAAUAUUUCAUUAAUUAUUGCAACAACAAAAGCAUAGCAUACCAUCUUUUGUAACUAGGUUAGCCAAUUCGAAUAAAUGUAUUCAAAGGGUGAACAUGUGUUUGAUUUUCCCGUAUUGGAAUGAGACGACAUCACAUGGCGAUCCUGCCAGGACAUGUACGUAACUCCCGACUACCAUCCAGCAUCCACAUGAUGUCAGAAAUGGUCAGAUAUUAAACAACUCCAGUAUGAAAAUAUUGGAUAGAACGUUUAUUGUCAGAAUUAAACGAAUAAUAAACAGACAAGAAACCAUCAUUGUUGUAACGGACCACCAGAUUAACAUGUCGACCUUUAAUACGAUCAUGAGCUACUACGCGGCGAGAUUUUACAGUGAAGAAGGGCACCAUGAUAUAAACAAUGGGAGGCUACUAACAUGCAUGGCGGGGAUAAUAGCCAACUGUUCGGACUUCCGUGCCAUUAGACCCUGGCAAAGCAUGGCAAAUGCAUACAAGACCGCCGGAAUAGAACUUAUUAUGCAGGAAAUGACCAAAGAUGAAUUCAUGAUCUUCGUCACUAAUGACGAACGAACACAGGAAUUUAUAGACCUCUUCGGAGACGAUAUAGGGUACGUUUUGCAAGACACAAAAACACCGUUCGUAAUCUGUUUGACCAUAGUCAUGGGUAUGGUGAAGACGCUGACCACCGCUAACUAUUUUAAAUGGACAGAGGGUAGGGUUCGAACAUUCGCUGGGACUCUUGGGGAUACGUAUACGAUGAACAACUAUAAACAGAACAUGUACCCAAAGUUAUCUGCUUUUAAUGGACUUAACGCCAUAGCAUCGGCGAAUCACGUAGUAAGAAAAGAGUUAUAUUUUGCUAUAGUGGCCAUAGGCGUACAAAAGAAAAAUUUUAUUACGAUGGCUUUCGCCGAGGUCCACCACUUGAUGCGUGGACAUGAAAUGCAACAUCUCAUUUUGAUAGAUAAAUACAUAUUUGAAGAGCACCCAGAGUUGCUGGACACCGUACUGCUCAGAGGCCUGAAGCCUAGGUUCGGACAAGCUCUACAGUUACUAAAAGAACAAAAUGUAGAGGACAGACUAUAUAUCAAAAUCUCAAAGAUUCAAAAUGGCUCAAAAAAAUGUGUCAUACGUUCCAGGAACCAUUUCUAUGGCGAAUGAGAUCAGAAAAUAUCCCUUAACACCAACAUCCAACAUUGGACCUCGAGACAUAAUAAACAAACAAUUGUUGGGUAACCAGGUCGCACUACAAAGUUAAUGAUGCAAAUUUCCUAUAAAAACAAAGAUUAAAUUUGUCAUCUGUCAUAGACUUCGGCAAACAUCGGUUGUUAUCGUAAGCGCGCUAAAACCAGUGGGGUGUGGUACUGAUCUUUGUCGCGCAAGCUCCAAAACAAACAAACAGAAAAAAAAUAUAAAUAUGUACAUAAUGCAAAACAUAACGUACCCAAGGCCUUUGUUAACGCUAAAACAAAGUUUAGAGGCUACUAAAAAACAGACAAAUUUAACAACUUAUAUCGAACUUGGAAGAAAUGUAGGCACAGAAAAAUUUAAAAAAUGUGUACAUAAUAUAAUGCAAAACAUAACGAUUGAGGGAAUGAAAAUUAAUUUAAGAGUAUUAAAGCAAAAAGAUAUAGGUUAGAAAUCCAUACUCACCAGGUUUAACACAUACACUUACAUACUUCUUCUUCAAUAUAGCAUUCAAACACUUUUCACAACUGCUGGAAAUAGACUAAACACAACACCCGAAAGUAUAUGUGGUUUAUGAUAAAUAAAUACGAUGCUGACGUCAUACCAUUUCUUGGAACUAUAUGUAUGAACAUAAUAUGUAACUAUACGUAUUUAUCCUACAUAUAUGUAUUUAUCCACCCCUUAUAAUAUUAGGGAUGAAUGCCAAAAAGGGCUAGGGGUGAAAGAUCGCUAUCAGCCGGGGUGGCAAAGCCACUUUUUCCGCUAUGUGCGCAUAUUUUCCUUUUAUGGUUUAGCUGAAAAACACGUUUUGGUCGGUUCGCGCAGGGGCCUUAAUUAAA